AUGCAGAAUAUCGCAAUCGCGCCCAUCACAUUGAACGGCCAGAAGGUGUAUGGUAUGAAAAUUGAAGCUGGUAUGGGAUACCGCAAGAAUGGCGCUGUUGACACCGCUACGGGUAAUGACCCCGAGGGCAUGUAUGCCGUUCUUGACGGAACGGACUAUAAUGACCAGUGCUGCUUCGACUACGGCAAUGCUGAGACCAGCAACACCGACACAGGCGCUGGUCACAUGGAGGCCAUCUACUUCGGUACCAAUACAGGCUGGGGAAAGGGCACCGGUGAUGGGCCUUGGAUCAUGGCCGACUUGGAGGAUGGUCUCUUCGGGGGCAAGGAUGCCAAGUAUAGCUCCGGUGACCCUUCUAUCACCUCACGUUUUGUUACUGCUGUUCUCAAGGGUAAGCCAAAUCAGUGGGCGCUUCGUGGCGGUGAUUCUACUACCGGUGAUCUCUCCAUCUACUACAAUGGGGAGCGCCCGGAUGGCUACAACCCCAUGCACAACGAAGGCUCGAUCAUUCUGGGAAUCGGUGGUGACAACAGUCCGAAUGCCCAGGGUACUUUCUAUGAUGGUGUGAUGACCUCUGGUUUCCCUUCCGAUGAUACCGAGAACAAGGUACAGGCUGAUAUUGUGGCUGCAAAAUAUGCAACCUACUAG